AUGAUUAAAAUGACACAAUCGCAAUACGAGAAAUUAGAUUUUGACGAAUGCAAACCUUUAAAUAGUUUGUCAUUUCUUAAUAUGAGACAAGAAAGUCAAGAUAUAAGGUCAGAGACUGCAGAGGAAAUAUUUAUGGAUGAAUUAAUUGCAGAAAAUCCGGAAGCAAUGGUAGCUUUAUCUGGACAACUUUUAACACCAGAAAAUACAAGAAAUUCAGAAUUAGAGAAAGUUUUUUUGUCACCUUCUCCGGGUUUUGUGAUUAAAUCACUUACCAAGACUAGUUAUCAGCAUUAUCAAGAAAACACAAAAUUAAUGAUCAACGUUUGUUAUUCGGAUUCGAUACCUCCUCCACCUACCGUAGACGAUGUUGAAAUAAAAAAAGCAAUGAAUGCUGAUGAGAAUGCAAUUUAUCAUGUACCGGCAUCUUUAGAUGAGCUUCGAGAAGACAAAGAUAAAGUACAGAAUCUAUGUCUUGUCUGUGAUGCUAUCAUAAAUACGGAACCAUAUAAAAGAACUAAAAAGGACUCUGAUUUCAAGUUGUAUGUGUCAGAAUUAUUAUCAGAAAUGGUUGAGGAAAAACAUGGAAUACAAUUAAUUCGACGCGAGUUAAAGAAAAGAACAGUCUUCAUUCCGAAGACAAGGACUUGUCUAAUAACGGAAGUACCUACUAAAUUAAUUAAAACAAAGUCUUCUAAAGAAAACUUAAAGGCAACAAAUAAAAGAAUUUCGUCAGUUAAACAGCCAGAAUAUAUAAUUGCAGAGGAUUACGUAAAUGAUAAAAAAUAUAUUAUUGUAUCAAUCGAGAUUCCUUUGAAUUCUCAAUCUAUUAAAGAAACCACCUUAGAUAUAGAGCCAUUGCAAAUUAUUUUAAAUUCACCGGGAAUUUGUUCAUUGAAUAUCGCAUUACCAUUUAAAGUUGAUAUAAAGACUGUAAUAGCCAAAUUCAUUAGACCUAAGAAGAGACUAGUCAUAAAAGCUGCUAAGGCAGAUUAA